AUGAAGGAAACCUUAGAGAAUGUGGAGCCGGAGGAGACUGUAUCCAGCAGAAGGACUUCUAAGGACGAGGAAGUUGAGACUUUAGGAAAUCGCAAGAAAAUUUCCCCGUACCUGACAAUGUUGCCAAUGGCCUUUGCGAAGUUUCACAGAGCUCCUCGGAAGAAAAAGGCGAAAUCUCCUCCCCCAAAAUCACCAGACUCGGAUCAUGUCAAGGAAGGGCCCUGUGGCAUUGGUUGUAUCGUUGUCCCCUGCUGUGAGAGUUUUAACAGCAUUCGYUGCUUCCUGUUUUUCUUCUGCAUGCUGCUCUUCACUCAAGGUAUUAUUUUUGGUCUUAUAGACGUGAGCGCUAACAGUUUUCAAGAGCACUACACUCUGAGAAUCAUGCAGAAAUUAGCCUUGAAACUCAGUUAUGGUGUUUCCUCUUGCGUGGUAGCAAUAUUUGUAGCAUAUUAUGGAGCAAGAGGAAAUAGACCAAGAUGGGUUGCACUGUCCUCCUUUUUAAUAGGAGUUGCAUCAUUUUUACUUGCUUAUCCAUACUUGAAUGUUGAAAAUCUUCAUUUAGAGGAAGAAGUUUCAGAUAUUUGCAAUCCAAUGAAGAUUCUGGAUGCUUGCACCAGAUCCGAAUCAUUCCAAUCAAAAUAUGUAUAUUUCUCCACCUUCGGGCAGAUUGUGCUGGGAAUAGCAGGAAUGCCUCUUUAUAUCCUUGGAAUUACCUUCGUUGACGACAGUGUUCCUUUGCACUCCUCUGGCUUCUAUUUAGGUUUUGGGGAUGCUUCAUCAACACUGGGAUAUGGUGUGGGUCAUGUAAUGGGAGCACCACUACUUAGGGCCCCUAAGAAUCACAGCUUGCACGAAAGCAUUGUGGAAGAUGACAGUGAUAGAAAAUGGCAGUUUAUUUGGUGGAUUGAUUUUUUUGCUGCCGGUCUUCUUGCAUGGUCUGCUGUAAUACCAUUGUUAUGCUUUCCACAUGACAUACCAGGUACAGCAAAAAUAAAAGCUAUAAAACGUAAACAACAGACUCAUUUGUUUGGUGACAAGCUUAAAAAUAAGAAAUUUGGACCUGGUAUUAAGGACUUGUUUGCUGCUAUUGGGAUCCUACUGAAGAAUCCAGUGUUUUUAUGCAAAGCUGUGUCCAAAGCCUCAGAAUUCUUAAUUUUGAUUGGAGCUUCUGAAUUUAUACCUAUAUAUUUAGAAAAUCAGUUCAUAAUAACAGCCAGGAUGGCAGCAACACUUACAGGUGUUAUAUUAAUUCCAGGAUGUGCACUUGGCCAGCUUCUGGGAGGUAUCAUUGUGUCCAAGUUACAAAUGUCUUGUAAAGCCCUUAUGAGAUUUAUCAUCAUUACAUCUCUUUUGUCAAUUAUAUUUCUUGUACUUAUAAUUUUUGUACACUGCCAUCCAGUCCAAUUUGCUGGAAUCAACGAAGAUUAUGAUGGAACAGGUCARUUGGGAAACCUCACAGCUCCGUGCAAUGAAAAUUGUAGAUGCUCAUCUUCAUUAUAUUCUUCUGUCUGUGGAAGAGAUGAUAUUGAAUAUUUUUCUCCCUGCUUUGCAGGCUGUACUGAUUCUAAAAUGCUUAAAAACAGAAAGGCGUACUACAAUUGUUCUUGCAUUAAAGCGGGAUUAACAACUCCAGAUGUAGAAGGUGAUUUUAUUGAUGCCAGGCCUGGGAAAUGUGACACCAAGUGUCACACAUUACCUGUGUUUUUCGCUUUGGUUUUUUCUGCAGUUGUUUUUGCUAGUUUUUCUGAUGUGCCACUUACGCUAAUCAUCUUCCGGGUUGUACCAGGGAAACUCCAUUCUUUGGCCUUGGGUAUAUCGUAUGUCAUUUUAAGAUUACUUGGAACAAUUCCUGGACCAGUCAUUUUUAAAAUGGUAGGAGAAACUUCUUGUACCUUUCGGGAUAUUAAUCAUUGUGGACGCAAAGGACGUUGUUGGAUCUAUAACAGGACAAAAAUGGCCUACCUACUGGUAGGACUAUGUUUUUUGUGCAAAGUAUUCACUAUCUGCUUAACUACUAUUGGAUUUUACUUUUUCAAGUAUUUUAAAAAGGAAAAUGCUGAAGUUGUCCAGCCUAUACCUGUGAAAUAUAUAAACCCUAAAAAAACAGGAAAGGAAUAA